CCGUAUCGUUUGUGGAUGUUUUUCUUCCAGACCCUGAAAAAGUAAAGACAGACGAGCAUCAGCAAGCCGUCAUCGGCCGUUCGGUAGUGGUUAUCUUCCCGUUUUCCAGUUCGAUUUCCUGGUUGUCGCGGACCGAAGAAAAUCAUUGGAAUUUCCGUAGGUUUCUACAAGAGUUAUCAUUGAGUUUGUGGUUCCGGGGUGCAAGAAUUGCGCAAAAAAUGUCGACGGAUCAAGUGAUCGAUUUGGUGACUGACGAAAACGACGAAGUGAUUGUGAUUGACGACGACAGUCCCAAGUCCAGCAUCUCGGAAGAUUCGGCGACGAUGGAUGCUGCCAGUGCAGCUACCAUCGAACGGGCGGCUGAACCUGCGGUGAUGGAACAGAAACCGUUUGCAGCACAGGAGCCGAUCCCGGUGGACAUGGAUUUGGACGAGGUUAUUCCGAUUCCCAUCAGCAACCAAACCCUGGCCGAGGAGAAAAAGAACUCUGGCAACGACCUGUACAAGAUCAAACGGUAUGAUGCGGCGCUGCAGCUGUACACGGAGGCGAUCAACCUCUGUCCGGAGACUCCGGCCUACUACGGUAACCGGGCCGCCACCUACAUGAUGCUCGGCGACUACAAGGCCGCCCUCAGGGAUGCCAAGCAGUCGGUCCAGAUCGACACCUUCUUCGAGAAGGGCUACAUGCGGAUCGCCAAGUGCUCCCUGCUGAUGGGUGAUCUGAUUGGCACUGAACAGGCGAUCAGGAAAUUUCUGGAACUAGACCCAUCCAGCCAAGCACUGAAGCAAGAGGUGCACAGUUUGAAACAGUUGCGUGAUCUCAACGAGAAAGCUGCCUUCUGCUAUGACAAACGGGACUACCGAACGUGCUUGUAUCACUGUGAUAAUGCCAUCAAGAUCGCCCCUGCCAGCAUACACUACAAACUGCUGAAGGCGGAAUGCUUGGCACUGCUGGAGCGCUUCGACGAGGCGGGUGACAUUGCCAUCAGCAUAAUGCAGUCCAACUCGACUAAUGCCGACGCGAUCUACGUGCGUGGUCUGACGCUUUAUUACAGUGAUAAUUUGGAUAAAGGACUGCUGCACUUUGAGCGCGCCUUACAGUUCGAUCCGGAUCACAAGAAAGCGAAGGUUAUGCGGAUCAAGGCAAAACAACUGAAAGAACGCAAAGAAAAGGGAAAUGAGCUCUUCAAGAGUGGAAAGUUCAAAGAUGCGCAACUCGUCUACACGGAAGCGUUGGCACUUGAUCCGCUGAACAAGGACAUCAACAGUAAAUUGUACUAUAACCGCGCGCUGGUCAAUUCCAAACUGGGAAACAUCCGGGAAGCCAUCACCGACUGUACCUGCGCACUGGAUAUCAAUGAAAAGUACAUGAAAGCACUGCUGCAGAGGGCAAGACUGCAUUACAAUUUGGAGAACUUUGAAGAAUGCGUUAAGGAUUACGAAAAAGCACUCAAAUUCGAGAAAACGAUGGAAAUCAAAAACCUGCUGAAAGACGCAAAACUACAGUUGAAGAAAUCCAAACGCAAGGACUACUACAAGAUUUUAGGAAUCGGCAAGCAGGCUUCCGACGAAGAGAUCAAGAAAGCAUACCGCAAACGAGCUCUCGUUCACCAUCCCGAUCGUCAUGCAAACUCGACCGACGAGGAGAAAAAGGAACAGGAACGAAAGUUCAAGGAAGUUGGCGAAGCGUACACGGUCCUCUCUGAUCCGGUGAAAAAAUCCCGGUAUGACAACGGUUACGACAUUGAAGAUCUUGAUCAGUCAGAUGUUGACCCUCAACAAAUGUUCCGACAGUUCUUCCAGUUCCCCGGUGGUGAUCCAAACUUCGGCGGUGGCUUCGGUGGCGGCGGCAGCAAUUUCUCGUUCCGAUUCGGUUAAGCUGCAACCUGCGACCACUUUAGCGUUAACUUGCAUCACUUUUAGAAACCUUUUCUGCUAAAUUUUCAAACUAAGCAAAGUAGUGGAACCCGUGCGCGUUAGUGUCGGUAGUGUAAAGUUGUAUUUUUAAGAUAAUGCAUGACGAAAAUGCGCAAGCAAGAUAAGUGUCGAGAGAAGGGAGCACGUUCUGGUAUCGGCUCUCUCUCGGUUUUUCGAUUGCAGCAGAGCAGAGUUUUUUUUUAUUGUGAUUCCGUAAUUCCAUUGAAUGCAAUCUUUCCGAUGGCCCACAAAUGUUCUCCUGCGGGAGCACGGCAUACAACCGAUUCCUCCGUAAGCUAUGCAUAACAAUUACCUAAAUGUUUGAAACAAAAUGACAAAAAGUGAAUAAUCCAGAAUAAAUAGCUGUUCCUGCAAAGUUGGAGAAAAAAAAACAAAUGUACUCUCAGUUUACUUAAUAUGCAUAACAGAAGUAUGUGGAAUGACCACAACAAUACUGCCGUUCUACGCAAAGUUGUUCCAUGUUAUAUGGGAUUCCCAUAUAACAUGGGACAAUCGGGUGUAGAACGGCAGAAUAAAUGGAAUAAAUCCCAAUAA